CAGACCAGCGCAAAUCAAGGUUAGGGCACGUGUCGCUUGGAGAGAGAUAGUCAUAACUACGCACAGUCAUAACUUGUGCGACAGCCAAGACUAAACAUGAAGCUGUGUGUGUUUUUUCUCGUGUUUUGCCUUGUAUUGAUAACGGUUUUGGCUACCGAGGAAGAUAACAAGGAGUCUAAAGAAGAAAAAUCGACGGAUGUGGAGAAAAAAGAGGAAGAGGAAGAUGGCAAAGUAGAAGUCGUCGAGGAGAAAGCUGCCGAGGAGGUGAAAGUCACUAAGUCAAAAGGCAAGAAGAAAAAGAGCAAGAAACCUAAGAAAGGAAAAAAGAAGAAGAUAGUUAAAGUUAUAGAAGAAGAGGAAGAUGAAGAAGAGGAGGAAGACCCUAAUGCCAAGAUUGAAGUAGAAGAAACGUUCGUGCCGUCGGAUUGCGAGAACAAAACGAAAGUCGGCGACCACGUCGUCGUGCAUUAUACCGGUUGGAUGCAGGACGGAUCUCUUUUCGACACGACUCGGGACCACAGAAAGGGGUAUCAACCUUUCGAGUUCACCAUCGGCGGAGGGACAGUCAUCAAGGGGUUCGAGCAGGGUGUGACGGGCAUGUGUGUGGGUCAAAAGAGGAAAAUAGUAAUUCCUCCAGCCCUUGCUUACGGCAAGAAGGGCUCCGGCGAUGUACCAGGUAACCUCGACCUCACGAACACGACCCUGACGUACAACCUUGAGCUGUUCGAUGUGCGCAAACCGCCCCCUCACUCAGAUAUGUUCUCCCACAUGGAUGAGAACGGCGACCGCAAGCUAUCACGUGAGGAGGUCUCCGCAUACAUGCGCAAACAGGCCGAGGCGCAGUUCGCCCCUACUUACGACCAGCGCUGGCAGCACCACCAUGAGCGCAUGGUGGAUAACGUGUUCGAAUACGAGGACCACGAUGAAGAUGGACACAUUUCGCACGAGGAGUUCAGUGGGCCGAAAAUACAGGGGAUGCACCACGAUGAGUUUUAAUAAGGCCCCCAGGUCCUCAUACUCUACGGGGGCCCUGUGUUUUAUACCACAGGGAAACCAGAUAAGAAUUAAUGGAUUUUUUAAAUUAAAGAGUGGGAAACAGCAUGGGUCGGGGGAGCAGAAUAAAGGAGUCGCCAUUCGCAGGCGAAAGCCAAAUGUAUUAUAAUAUAGUGCAUCUAAAUUUCCAAUGAAUCAUGUUCAGCGACCAAGCUCUUUCUCUCUUCCACUGCAAAGGCCACGCCAGCAGGAAAAUAUCCGAAAAGAUUUCAAACAAAUUGAUACAAUAUAUUGAAAUUACCUUAUUAUAAUAUUAAAACUAUUACGCAAAAAGAUGUCACAAAUCACGAUGACCUCGAAAUAAAGUUUUUAUUAUGUU